UGUUAACCCACUUUACGGCAGUCUUUGUGCCACUUUUGUACUUACCUGAUGAUAGCUGAUGGACGUUCCGCAGGUGCAUCAGCGUUGGCAUUACGAGAAUCGAAGUGAUUUUGUUACGGUUUGAAGUAAUUUACAUACACGUAGUACAACCGCACGUCAUCGUCCGCCUGGAAUGGAGUUGAAAAUUUUCACGUUAUUAAUUACAUUUCGUAAAACAAUACAUUUGAAAUUAGAUUCCGUGUCGAUGACGCAAUAACAAAAAAAAAAAAAUAAAACAGAAAAGAAGAAAAAGAAAAAGAACAAGAAUAAGAAGAAGAAGAAGAAGAAAAAGAAGAACCGUUGAGCCAACGAACUCUGAUAACAUUCUUAACCGGCAAGGCAACGAACUAUAGAAGCUAAUUCUACGGCCGUGCAGUGGUCAUCACUAAUCAUAGAUAAUUAUCGCGAUUAAAUUAUUUGACGUGACGCGAAAGGCGUAAUUUUGUAUUAUAUACGUUCAACUUCUUUGCCAUUAACAACCAGUUGGUAUAUGUGUAAAUCUGUUCUGUUGUACAUCCGGAGUAACGCAAGUAGAGCAGAAAUUCUUCAUGAUUUUAUAACAACCUUUACCCAACAUAUUUGCAACGUUCUCUGAUCUCCAGAAGCGAAAAUGAGGGGUUGGUUCGAUGCAUUUCGCAACGAUGGCGGACCAACUUUGUACAGUUACAGUAAUAGGACACCGGUCAGCGGAGACGUUCACUUGAUCACGAUAUUCGUGAUAUUCGGUACAAUUUUUACAGCAUUCGUUAUCAUAUUCCCCGGAAUCCGAAAAGAGAGACUAACUACAUUCCUAACCGUCACCCUCAGUCUAUUUGUCGGAACGACGAUUCAAGUUGCUCAAUAUGGUUCCACCUGGCAUACGGCUUCCACUUCCGUUGUCAGUUCCUACAGCGCUUUUUCCAAGGAAAAAAUGUCCGCGGAAAUCGGCGGUUACAUCGGACUGAUGCAUAUAAAUAUAACGUACACGGCAAACGAAAAUAACAUUGACGUUGAAUUUAAUGAAAGAUUUUGGUGGCGAAGUCCUACGGAAAUGUCAGCAAAUUUUAAAGAAGCCCUCCACAGAGGUGCUCCGUUUCCAAUUCUUUCCGUAGCCGAAUAUUUCAGCCUUCAUCAGGAGGGAUUCUCAUGGGGUAGCAGAUACAGACAGGCUGGAUACUAUUCGUCUAUUAUACUAUGGACGUCCUUCGCGUCUUGGACGAUGAUGAAUUUGCUACUCAUGGUAGUUCCACGUUACGGAGCCUACAGUAUGGUAUUCACGGGAAUCUGUAUGUUACUGACGAAUUUAACUUACUGGUCGUUGUUGCCCUGCGAACCGCUCGUCGCACACGUCGAUGGUUCGAUUUUGAUAUUCAAUCUCGGUUGGAAUUAUUGGCUCGUUUUAGUCGCCGGAAUCGGCUGCCUGUUCGCGGGUAUGGUGAUCACUGCGAUCGACCUUAUAUUCCCGCAUCAAUUUUCAACUAUACUAGAAGUGGACUACGACACUCCUUACGACCGCCACGUCAUAAUUGAGGAAAGUUUUGACACGAGGAACACGAGGCGAAAAUUGCCAAAAAUAGAUGACGCCUUUGGAGAGCGAAUCAUGAGGCAGCUCUCCCAUAAGUUGGGGAGUGACAAGGCCGACGCUAAGGGUGUCAUCAAUCAAGGAUACGUCGGCCACGAGCAGCUGGAAUUUGCUCAAUCGAUGGACGACGAGCCCACCAAACACCAGAAUUGGUCCUAUCCAUUCCCUCCGUCGACACGGAGGACUAUAAACUAACUAAAAUUAUUAGGAAAAAUUUACCCGAAUGAUCUACGAUUAAUUUAUGAACUUGCAUGGAUGUAUUUGCCGCAUUUAUGAUCUGUAAUAAUCCAAUCAAAGUAUUAAAGAGGAUGUCGAGCAGACUCCGAACUGUACACUUCUCGUUCCGUAAAAGAUGGAGUGAAUUCUGUUUCCUGAAUUGAGGGAGACGAAAAAUGAUAAUUUCAUUGUACAAAGCACGUUUAGUUGAAUAAUAAUCGAUGAAUUUAA